UAACUGAUCGCGGGCUAGACAAAGGUAGAAUGGAUUGCCAUUUUUAUUUUCUCUGAUUGAAAUGUUGUUAUUAGAGAUCACUUACAUGUCGAUUUCACAGUACAAAUAGUGAAACAGGGAAGUUGAACAAUUACACAAUAACUUCUUGGACUUCUCUACGAUAGUGAUUCUUUUCUGAGUGAUAGUAAUGGCUGAGGGAACUGACAAUGAUGCUAUCCAUGCCAAUCUAAUCUGUCCUCUCUGUCUCUCCACCUUUGAGAAAGCAACGCUUUUGACCUGUGGCCACACUUUCUGUCUCAAGUGCCUCAUGGGUUACGACAAGGAACACCGAAACGUGAAUCUCAUGAUCUGUCCACUAUGUCGGGAGCAGACUCCACUUGGGGAGAAUCGUGUACAGGGACUGCCGAAGAAUGUCACGGUGAAUGCGCUGGUAGAUGACCUCCAAGCUCGGAUGUCUUCAGAGAAGCGAUUGUCGCAGGUUCAGGCAACAAAUGAAGUACAGCCCCAAGCAGGACAGCAUAAGCUGCCUGUGAAGGUGCCCGUCAGACCACCUAAGAUUGUCAAGGAUGUAGAUCUUCCAGGUGGGGUAAGGGGAAUGACCAGUUUGGCAGAUGAUUCUGUUGUUGUAGGGUACGGAAGUAGUUUCCCUGGAGCUGAAGUCAUUAAGGUGUCAGGAGAACGAAGACCUUACUCCUUGAUCAACGCUGGCUCCGUGCGAGACAUUGUUAUCCUAAACGAUGGCAGAGCAGUUGCGUCACAUGGAUUUGAGGAAAUCAAGGCCUACAAUUCAGAUGGUACAAUGUGGGUGAUUCCAUUCAUGCAACUGUCAAACAAAAAGAACCAGGGCGCUUUCUGCACACUGUACAAAGACAGCCAAGAUUUCGUCUACGCUGCCAACGGCACCAACAAAGUCCAAUACUUUAGAGUUCGUAGUAAAGGCAUGACACAUCAUUCCAAAGUGAUCAGCACUGGAAAAUCAAAUGUCGCGCAGAUCUGCGUCACGCAAUCGGAAGCGCUCGUCAUGAAAGUGUCCAACGCAAAGCCACGGAGGCUGGCACUGUUCGACAAGGAAGGGAACAUGGGAAGCACUGUAAUCGCUAGAGAUGACAGCGAAGUCCUAUGUGCAACGGUAGACGCUCUGGACAGGGUGAUCAUCGGGUAUUUUUCCCCGAGCCUCGGAACUCUGAGACUCUCGAUCUGCACGCUCAAGGGACUGCAUAUCAAACACCAGCAUUUCUUCAGCGAGCUCUACUUAUCCCCUGCAAGACUGGUGUGGUGCUACAUGGUAUCCAUCAGUCCAAAUCUACUGGCAUUUGCACAUCUUGGCAACAAGCUGUACUUCAUCAAAGUUCCUCCCAUCCCCAACAAGUAGAAAUUCUUGCUUUUACCUUAUUGUACUAGACCUAUUCAUAGACCUCCAUUUGGUUUUAUACACUAGAUAUGUUAUUUGCUGCAGAGCAUAAUCUGUAAACUUACAUUUCAAAUGUUAUUUCAUGCUAUUAAUUAUGAUUAUGACUAUAUUAUAGGAUGGGGCUCCACGUCCCACUAGCAGUACUUACUAUAUUUCUGUGUCCUAUCACCAAUGAAGUUUAUAUGACAAUUUACCUUGUAUCAAUGUAUUUUGACAUUUGGUAAUAAAUUGAGUUCAGUUAAGAAAUUCAUAGCAUACAUUGUAGAUGCCAGGUAAUACUCAAUGAUCUUCUGUCAUUCGCACAUCUUGGUAACAAGCUAUACUUCAUCAAAGUUCUCUCCAUCCCCGACAAGGGGAAAUUCAUUGCAAGAAUGCACAGAAAUCCUUAACUCAGCAUGUAUCAGUAUUGCUUGAAUGUCUUCUUAUGACAGCAUGACAUGAGGGUACCACAGGGGUCAUUGCCAGGCAUGCUUCUAUUCAUAUAUUCCAAAAAAAAAAUUGCCUGUUCUUUUAAAAUUUUGUUCAUUUGUUGGCUGAUACAUGUAUGUACACAUGGGAAUUAUUGAAACAGAUAUUUCUCUAUAGAUUCAACUAUUGCUCAUUCCUGUUACACAUAACCCUUCUCUUAUAAAGAGUUCUAAAACUCAGCAAAAUUGUCCAUAUUAUUCAGAAGCAGUGAGAACACCUGAACCAUAUACCUGUACAUGUACAUGUAUACGCACCUUGACAAAACAAAUAUCUAAUGCUUUAACAUGAAACAUUGUUUAAUUAUCCCAUAUGCUCUGAAAAUGUUGCCGCGCUUUCUUGCAAAGCUUUGUUAACCCUUGUUUGACGUCAAAAUUAAUCUGCUCUUCAAAUUGGCAAUAAUCAUUAAUUUUUUUGUAUUAAUUUUCAUACUUUGAAGAAAAAAAUGUAUAUACUGUAUAGAUACAUCAAUAACAUCAGUAAAAAUGACUGAUAUAACAUUAUUUAAAAAAAAAGUUGCUAAUUUGGAA